AUGGGUAGAGUAUCGGAGGGCGGAGCACACACGGGAACUCGUCCUGGUCGGGGUAUUCGUUCCACUCAGGCUGGCGGGAGGCCACGGCGAGAGUCGCGCUCAACUCACCCGCAAGUGACCCACCCGAGACAACCUACACCUCACUUGGGAUGCGACCCUGGAGCAUCAUACUGUUAUUUGGAGGACGUUGAAAUCAACCACAUCCCCUGGGUGGCAUCUGUCUGUGCUCAACAGGGCAAACUUCUCCCGGAGAGGGCUAACUCGUUCACCCAAGAGAGCUGCACGGUCAUGGGGGGCGCGUCAGACCUCAACGUACCGAAAGGCAUUUGGUCGCCCGCUGGAGGAUGGUACUCUGACCCCAAGUACUGGAAACGGAACACUGCCCUCGCAAUUGGGAUCAUCGUGGCCAUUGCUAUUCCUGUGUUCCGGACGUCUGUGUCCAAGGAGCAGCGAUAUGGGGAGCCACAACACGACAUCCCCUCCCAGAAGUGGACCCCUAAAGAGAAUUUCCAUGUUGCCAAGUGA